GGACACAAUGUCAGUAGAUAUCGGUUACAGAUCUCUCCUCUGGUGGUUAAUAUCACUUUCCAUAAUUGCUCUGACUGUUGCAUCAUGGGGUCACUCCACGCGGAUUUCCCCGCCAAAAAUAGCAGUUUCAGACACGAACGUCGAGCUCACCCGCAUUCGAAUUAUUGAUACUACACCGCGCAAGCUUUUUGAUACGCUGACGUCUAAAUACCAGUCACACAACAUUCCGAACCUGUAUUUACCGGGAACUGAAGGCAACUCCUCUAAUAACGAGUUUGGUGACGUAGACUACCAGUACAGAAACAACUCGUACUAUGUGGUGAACACCAAGUCGAAACAGAUUGAGGCAUUCGAACGCCAUGGGGAUGUUUUUCAGAGAAGAGUUGUCUACCGUGGAACGUCGUCCAACGUAAGAGGAAUUGCUGUCAACUGGAUCAACGGCGACGUCUACUGGACGGAUUCGUCAUACAACAUGAUCUUCAUGACAGCCGGAAAAGGAAACACCCCCUCGCGUCACGUGGCUGUCAUCAGUAAUGACGUAGAUAACCCGAGCGGCAUCGCCUUGCAUGUUAACAAAGGGCUAAUGUUUUGGCUGGACACUCACCGACUACAGGUAGCCAGUCUGGACGGAAGAAACCGGUCUACACUUCUGGACAACGUGACAGCGCCCUCUAGUUUGUCCAUCAGCUACCCCGGCAACAGAUUGUAUUGGAUUGACUGGACAUCUGGAUCAAGUGUCAUAGUGUCAUGUGAUCUCCAGGGUCAACGCUGGAAGGUCAUUACGUCAUUUCCGAACAGGCGGCUUUUUGACCUUGAUGUGUUCGAGGUCAGUAAAAAAAAAGAAAAGAAAAAAAGAAAGAAAAAAGAAUUUGAUUGAUUGACAUGUAUAUGACUAAGAUCAAUAUAUGUGAUAGAAAAUAUGUUACAAGUAAUAAACAAUUUUUGUUCAGAGAG